CUCAGAUUGCAACGAGAAGACUCCACGGUCCACUCGUAAUAUAUAAAUAUUUAUUCAUUUCUUCUUUUUUUCAAUUUUUUUUUUAUAAUUUUGAAUUAUGCUAAGCUUACAGUUCGAGAAAUCUAACUUGACGUUGAUCCAAAGUAAACGGUGAUUCUUUUACUAUAUUUUACCCUCUUUUUUUGAAUCCACGCUUUAGAAGUUCUUUUUGAAUUCCUUCGAAAGCAUUUCUUUUUCUUAUUAUUUUCUCGCGUUUUCUGGCGGUUUUUCUUGCGUUUCAAACGAGCCAAAAAAAAAAAUUUUGAUGAAAAAACAAUGGCUGCGAGGUGUUCGAUUUGUUUUUUCAGCUAUGGAUUUAACGGUUUGAGUGAAGGUAAUUAUGGAAAUGAUGUUGAUUGUUGGAAGAAGAACGUAUCAUUGUUUUUGCCUUCUCGUCGUCGUUUACUUCCUGUUUGUUGUAAAAUACAGCGACGGAAUCUCAGUUCAUAUAAUAGAAGACAAGGGAAGAAGCCUCCUUUUGAACGGAUUCGACCAAGUGCAAAGUUGCAGCCAAAUAGCGAUGAUGAAUUUGAUCCUGAACAUUCUGUCCCAAAUAAUGGAGAUAUGGAGCCUAGUGUUAAUCGUGAAAAAACUUUUGAAGACGAUGUUGACGCUAGGGGAGAUGCAGAGCAUACUGAUGAAAAGAAUUUGGGUACUCAAUUUGCCUCUGCCAUUGAAACUAACAGAGAUGUAAAGCAUGCCGAUGAGCAGAUAACGGACAGCCCUGCACAGUCUGCUGUAGCAAAAGCUUCGGCCAUAAACGGAGUUGGUGCAGAGCUGCUCUCAAGUGUUCAACCAGACGACCUGAUAGGCAUGAUAAAAAAUGCGGAGAGAAAUAUCCUUCUUCUCAAUCAAGCUCGGGUUCAUGCACUAGAAGAUCUUCAUAAGAUUCUCAGUGAGAAGGAGACAUUGAAAGGUGAAAUUAACAAUUUGGAAAAAAGAUUGGCUGAAGCUGAUGCACAGAUUAAAUUUGCUUCUCAAGAAAAGGUGCAUGCAGAACUAUUAGAAGAUCAGUUAGAGAAUUUGCAAAAUGAAUUGAUUAAUAGGGGUGGUUCUGGAAAAAGUGAGCUUGAAUUGUAUGAGAAUCGAAGCAAAAUUUCCAACGAAGGGGCACUUUUAGCACGUGAUGGUCACAUUCAUUCUCUUAGCAAGGAAGUUGAUUCAUUGAGGACAGAAAAUCUAGCCCUAAAAUAUGAUAUCCAAGCGCUUAAGUCAAUGCUUAGCAAUUUGAAGAACACUGAUAAACGCAUAGUAACACUGGAAAAUGAAAGCUCUUUUCUAGAGUCCUCCGUGAAGGAGCUGGAAUCUAAACUGUCAGUUUCUCAGCAAGAGUCUUCAAAUAUUUCUACUCUAAAGACUGAAUGCAAGGACCUAUGGGCAAAGGUAGAAAAUUUACAACUCUUGCUGGAUAAGGCAACUAAACAGGCCGACCAAGCCAUUUUAGUGUUACAGCAAAACCAGGAUCUUCGGAAGAAGGUUGAUAAAUUGGAAGAAUCUCUUGAAGCGGCUACUAUCUUUAAAGCCUCAUCUGAGAAAACCCAACAAUAUAAUGAACUUAUGCAGCAAAAGAUAAAACUACUAGAGGAGCGUCUUCAAAAGUCUGAUGAAGAGAUAUAUUCGUAUGUUCAAUUAUAUCAAGAAUCUAUAAAGGAAUUUCGGGACACCCUUAAUAGUUUGAAAGAGGAAAGCAAGAAAAGGGCAUUGGACGAACCAGUUGAUGAUAUGCCUUGGGAAUUUUGGAGCUGUUUAUUGCUUACUAUUGAUGGUUGGGUGCUUGAGAAUAAAAUAUUAAACAGUGAGGCAGUGCCGUUGAGAGAAAUGGUGUGGAAGAGGGAUCGACGCAUUUGUGAUGCAUAUGUGAUUUGCAAAGAAAAGACAGAGGAUGAAGUUAUAUCUACAUUUCUCCAGCUGAUAUCAUCACAAGCUAGUCCAGGGUUGCAUGUCAUUCAUAUUGCUGCUGAGAUGGCACCAGUUGCUAAGGUUGGUGGCUUGGGAGAUGUUGUGACUGGUCUUGGUAAAGCAUUGCAGAAGAAAGGGCACCUUGUGGAGAUUGUUCUUCCAAAAUAUGAUUGUAUGCAAUAUGAUCGUAUUCGUGACUUAAGGGUCUUAGAUGCGACAGUAUACUCGUAUUUCGAUGGCAAACUAUUUCAAAAUAAAGUUUGGACUGGUACUGUUGAAGGUCUUCCUGUUUAUUUUAUCGAGCCACAUCAUCCCAGCAAGUUCUUUUGGAGAGGACAAUAUUACGGAGAGCAAGAUGAUUUCAAACGUUUUUCAUUUUUCAGUCGUGCAGCACUCGAGUUGCUUCUUCAAGUUGGAAAGAAACCCGACAUAAUUCAUUGCCAUGAUUGGCAGACAGCUUUUGUUGCACCACUUUACUGGGACUUGUAUUUUCCAAAAGGUUUGAAUUCAGCUCGAAUAUGUUUUACUUGCCACAAUUUCGAGUACCAAGGGGCUGCACCUGCUUCAGAAUUGGCAUCAUGCGGUUUGGAUGUCCAGCAGCUACACAGACCUGAUAGAAUGCAGGAUAACUCGGCACAUGAUAGGGUCAAUCCUAUUAAGGGUGCAAUUGUGUUCUCUAACAUAGUAACAACAGUAUCACCAACUUAUGCACAAGAGGUCCGAACUGCUGAGGGAGGAAAAGGCCUCCAUUCUACACUUAAUUUUCACUCAAAAAAGUUCAUGGGGAUCUUAAAUGGGAUCGAUACUGAUGCUUGGGAUCCUGCCACCGAUAUUUUUCUCAAAGUGCAGUAUACUGCUAACGAUCUGCAAGGAAAAGCAGAAAAUAAAGCUGCCAUGAGAAGGCAUCUAAGACUUUCUUCUGCCGAUGAUUCUCAGCCUCUGGUGGGCUGCAUAACAAGAUUGGUGCCACAAAAGGGUGUGCAUCUAAUUAGACAUGCCAUUUAUCGAACGUUGGAGAUGGGUGGUCAGUUUGUGCUUCUUGGUUCAAGUCCAGUUCCCCACAUUCAGAGGGAGUUCGAAGGUAUCGCAAACCAAUUUCAAGAUCAUGAACACAUCCGGUUAAUAUUAAAAUAUGACGAGUCUCUUUCUCGUUACAUUUAUGCAGCAUCUGACAUGUUCAUAAUUCCAUCUAUUUUCGAGCCUUGUGGCCUUACACAGAUGAUAGCAAUGAGAUAUGGUUCCGUUCCAAUUGUCAGAAAAACUGGUGGUCUAAAUGACAGCGUUUUCGAUGUUGAUGACGACACAAUACCUUACCAAUAUCGAAACGGUUUUACAUUUGCAACUCCUGAUGAACAGGGACUAAAUGGUGCAUUGGAUCGUGCAUUUAAUCUCUACAAUAACGACAGCGAGACUUGGCAACAACUUGUCCAAAAGAACAUGAACAUAGAUUUCAGCUGGAGUUCUUCAGCAUCACAAUACGAGGAGCUGUACGCGAAAUCCGUUGCCAGAGCAAGGGCAGCCACAAGUCGCACGUAAGGUUCAGUCCCAAACUCUUUCUUUUUGUUCGAGCAAAGCCGAAUAUCCAUAAAUCCCGAUAACAAGUGAGUUCAUCCAUAUAUAUAUUUUUACUGCUAACAGAUGAUUUUUUUUUCAUUGUGAUAUCAAUUCACACCGUUCAUGUUGUUGAUAAGAAAAAAAAGCCUUUAGGUAAUAUAUAAUAUAAUCAGUGUAACAUUUUGUGUUAAUCCUCUAAUACCAUAUACAUUAUAGAUGGUUGAGAAGAUAUAUUAGGGAAUCUAACCCUUUAAUUAAAAUUUUCAGUUAAUUAUUCUUUUUAUCA